GUGACAAACGUGUGAACAUUAUAAGAUUGUAACAAAUAAUGACAACUUUUCUUUAAAAUAUCUCAAACACUUGCAACUGUGUCAAGCAUAGUUGAGGUCGAGGAAGGCACUACGUUUUCAAGGAUUUUCAGGUCUUCCUUUCGAAAAUGCCAAAAGGUAAGAAGAAGAAAAACAAGGAUUUUCAAAAGGUGAAGUUGAAGGUUGGGAAACGUCUACCGAAAGCUGACAAUGAGACAAGGACCAGCUUCAAAGCUCGUACAAUCCAGGUGCCUGAGCAGCUUAGAGGAAGGACUGAGGGUGGAGAACCCACCACUCACAGGAAGCUCAGCCUCACGGAACUUCUGUCUCAACUUCAGCAUUAUAACGUCUCUGUGCGAUGUUCAGCUGUUACGGGACUGCGGGAGCUGAUCGGGCGAGACUCAGCGCUGCUUUAUUCUCAUUUGCCCAUGAUUGUGGGAAGAACUUCAGAGCUCUUCACAGACAAGGACCCGGUUGUAAGACAGGCUGUGAUUCGUCUAAUGAGGGUAGUCCUGCCUCAGCUUUCAGCCAAUCAGAUCGGGCCAUUCUUCCCAAUGGUGAGUGCUCACCUAUGCUGUGCCAUGACUCAUAUCUAUGAAGAAAUCCGCAUGGACUCGCUCUUUGUCAUGGAUGUUUUCUUGGACAGCUUUCCCGGCCUUGUCACCAACAAUUCUACGCAGAUACUGCUGAAUUUUGUCGAGCAGAUUUCGACGCGCAUUGCAGCAUCAGGUCGCUCUCAAGCAGAGCAAUCUCUUAGUGUCAACCCCACCAGCAGACUAUCUACGCUCAAGUGGAGAGUGAAAGUUCUGGAGAGACUGCAAAAAUUCCUCACUGCAUUGACACAGAAUUCCUCCAGAGAGCAUACAUCUAGCUGCACUAAUCAGUCAGAUUCAUCAAAUCCUGAAGAAAAUGUCAUUUCCUUUCACCAGAUGGCAGCACAUGCUCAAGAGUUUGCCCCUGUGUGCAAACGAAUGUGGACUAGUUACAGCUAUAUUCUGGGGGCCAAGUCACUAGUGAACACUGACAACAAGCCAAGAUUGGAUCGUUCCGAUGUCAGCUGUGAGAUGUUCGUCAAAAGCUUACUUCCUCUCCUCUUGGAAUGCUGGGUAGAGGCUACAGCCAUUGACAAGAAGAAAUCAUCUUCAGUUGAUGGGCUUGUCUCACCCGACUCUCUGGUUGUCAUGGUGAACGUUGUCAACGUGAUUAAGUUGCUAUGGAGAUAUGUCAGGAGCAUUUCAUCAGAGGAAGGAAAUUCAGACUGGGUACCCAGUGAAUACAGGAAAGAUUUUAUCAAACACGUCAUGAGUUAUUUCCCUUAUUCUGUGCAUGAAGCCCCUAGACGGAAAGACAAGAAAUUGAUACCUUCUGACAAAAGCGUGAACGGCUCCAGACUGCGUCUGGAGAAAGCCUGCUUGUCGUCCUCAGAACGGCUCAAGGCUGUGUCUGGGGAAAGCCUGCUUGUCGUCCACAGAACAGCACCAGACUGCAUCUGGAGAAAGCCUGCUUGUCGUCCACAGAACGGCUCCAGACCGCGUCUGGGGAAAGCCUGCUUGUCGUCCGCAGAAUGGCUCCAGGCUGCGUCUGGGGAAAGCCUGCUUAUCGUCCACAGAACGGCUCCAGGCUGCAUCUGGAGAAAGCCUGCUUGUCAUCUGCAGAACAGCUCCAGACUGCGUCUGGAUAAAGCCUGCUUGUCUUCUGCAGAACGGGUCCAGACUGCGUCUGGAGAAAGCCUGCUUGUCGUCUACAGAACGGUUCCAGACUGUGUCUGGAGAAAGCCUGGUUGUCUUCUGCAGAACGGCUCCAGACUGCGUCUGGAGAAAGCCUGCUUGUCGUCCGCAGAACGGCUCCAGACUGUGUCUGGAGAAAGCCUGUAUGUCAUCCACGGAACGGCUCCAGACUGUAAUGACUCCAAGCUGCGUCUGGAGAAAGCCUGCUUGUCGUCCGCAGAAUGGCUCCAAGCUGCGUCUGGAGAAAGCCAGAUUGUCGUCCGCAGAACGGCACCAGACUGCGUCUGGGGAAAACCUGCUUGUCGUCUGCAGAACGGCUCCAGGCUGCGUCUGGAGAAAGCCUGCUUGUUGUCCACAGAACGGCACCAGACUGCAUCUGGGGAAAGCCUGCUUGUCUUCUGCAGAACGGCUCCAGGCUGCGUCUGGAGAAAGCCUGCUUGUCGUUCACAGAACGGGUCCAGACUGCGUCUGGAGAAAGCCUGCUUGUCGUCCGCAGGACAGCUCCAGACUGUGUCUGGAGAACGCCUGCUUACAUCUGGAUUGUCUUUGAACUUGUCAGUGUGUGACAUCAUGUGUUACUUCCUGUCUGAUCUGACCAAUGAGAAGGAAGCACACAAGCACCUGUUUUCACCAGUCACAAAGUAUGUUCUGUCAGCCCUUCAGGCUGAAAGACUUUCCCAAGAAGACCUAAGAUGCCUGAUCAGUGUUAUCAGACAAAUCUUGAGGUCUAACAUAGGCAAAGGUACAGUCGAGCAGAUGCUGGAGGCGUGCUAUCAGCUCUACACCCAGGCUCACACGCUAUCCUAUGUAAAACGUAUCCUGUUGGACUUCUUCUCAGAUCUGUCACAGAGACCCUGGUGGUCAGGUGUGACAUGUCACAGCCACAUCUUUAGGGAUUUCCACCAAGAGUUACCUGCCUUGCUGAAGGAAGUUGCUUCCACUCACUCCCAGAUGGCAGCACUGGUACUGGCUGUCAUGAAAGCAGGACUGAUACAGAAUAAACUUUCUCUGUCUUCUGCUCACUUGGAAGAUAUUUUAGCUGCGAAUGAGGGCAUCUUUGUGUCAUUGUCCUGCAGUAACCAGAGGUUGAUCGUGGAUAUGAUGUUUUAUGUCCAUACCCUUGACAAGGAUCAUUUCAGGAACAUUGCCAAAAUCAUCAAGUCUUCCUCCAUCACAGAAGAGCUAUCCUGCUAUUUUGUGGAGGUGCUCUUUAACAGGUUUGUCAGCUGUGACACAAAGCCAUCUGGGAAAACUUUCUGCACAUUGGACACAUUUCUCAGUUUCCUCAUGACUGUGGCAUUGGGUAAGUGUGCACACUGGACACAUUUCUCAGUUUCCUCAUGACUGUGGCAUUGGGUAAGUGUGCACACUGGACACAUUUCUCAGUUUCCUCAUGACUGUGGCAUUGGGUAAGUGUGCACACUGGACACAUU